UUUGCAGAAAACCGGCCACUCCCGGCGCUUCGGGCGCUUUACGCAUGCGAAGUUUUCCGCUCCUGCAGGAAACAAAGCUACGACUCGGAGACCGGCGAGGAUGAGCCCAGCGACCCCCAGGUGACGCAGCGCAGCGAGCUCCAGGAUGAGACCACUUUCAGCACCCCCACGGGCGAGUCCGACACCCUCGUGGACGCCUCCAUGAACACGACGCCGACCUCGGUGCUGGCCCUGUCGCAGGCGGAGGAGCGCUCCAGCUGGUCGGGCAGCCAGCAGACCGUGGUGGAGAAGGAGACGGAUGCCAGCCUCCCCGCAAGGGGACCCUCCCUCCGCCCCAGUGCCUGGCAGCCGCAGGGAACCCCAAGGCAAGCAAACGCGCCGGCCCCGCAUGGCGCCGAGGUGCGGCCCCGGGGCGUCGAGCCGCUGGUGCGGGCCUCACGGGCUAAUCUGGUGGGCACGAGCUGGGGGGCAGAGGAUAGCCUCUCGGGGGCCAGCGACCCCUACGGCAGCGCCUUCAGCCUGUACCGAGGACGGGCGCUCUCGCUCCACGUCAGCAUCCCCCAGGGGGGCUACCGCAGAGAUGACCCCCACGCCGGCCCUGUCUCUCCAAAGCCCGGUGCUGAGCCCCCGAGGUCCCCCGCGGCUCUGCCGCUGACCGCCAAGCCCCCCAUCCUCCGCUCACCAUCUCCUCGCGCCGGCCUGUGCCCAUCGUCUGGAGCCGCGACCCAGACGUCUGCCCGGGGCCCCAGCGUCCUCUCCUUCACCCCGGUGACUCCUCGCAAGAAAUCUGCAGUUCCGGUUGAGUACCAGGACACUGUCCCCGAGGAGUAUGAGGAGAAGAUCAAGAAGCCCAAGUCCUCAGGGUACUCACAGGGCAGCACGCAAGAGUCCCGUCCUCAGACGCCCAUGAGCGACACGUCCAGCCGCGUCUCCGUGCGGGCAUCGCCCAAGCUCGUGCGCUCCGGCUCCAAGAUCUUUGAGAGGCUGCAGUACUUUGAGGAGCGCCGCAGGAGCCUGGAGCAGGCGGACGGCGCCUUCCCCGCGCACCCCUGGCUGCCUCUGCGCAAGACGCGCUCCUUCGACCAGCCCGGCCUGGACUCGCGCCGCCCCUGCACACCGGGCGGCUCGCGGGAGGACGUGCGGGACGGCACCCGCUCGGAGCUGGGCAGUGCGGCCUGCCGCCGCCUGGCCUUCCGGCAGAAAGCUGCCUCCUUCGACGAGCGGGGCAAGUUCGCCAGCCGCGUCUACGACAUCGAGCACAAGUUCUCGGCGGAGCUGAGCCGCAUCAAGCGCACGGUCUCCAACCAGCAGCUGAGGCGCUCCCAGGAGCUGGCCAAGACCGGGCACCUCGAGCUGUCCAGUGUGGCGCUGGUGGGGCCCAACGAGGAGCCGGAGGCGCCGCGCGGGCGCAAGGGCCUGGCACGGAGCGGCCCCCUGGCUGAGGUGGAGGAGGCGGGCGCCAAGAGAAGCCUGCAGCAUGAAGGUGCCGGGGAAGUGAAGAGGAAGGAGCAGUGGCUGCUGUGCCGGCGGCCGGAGGCGCCCGCGGAGGUGCGGUUCCUGCCCUGGGCCAAGCCAGGCACGGAGCAGGAGACCCGCCUGGAGAGGAGCUGGCCUGGGCAUGGCACAGCCCGGGAGCCCGAGAGAAGGCAGACGAAGGUGGCAGAGAAGAAAGAGAGUGUGCGGACAGCUCAGGAAGGCAGGAGCACGCGGAGCAAGGCGAAGGGGCGCCGAGCCAGGCCCACCUCUCCAGAGCUAGAGUCCUCCGACGACUCCUACGUGUCAGCUGGCGAAGACCCCCUGGAAGCUCCCAUCUUUGAGAUCCCCAUUCAAGACACGGCGGUGGCUGUGGGCGCGGAGGUGCUGCUCAAGUGCAUCGUCACGGCCAACCCACAGCCUGAAGCUCCGGCUGUGGAGAGGCAUGGGAACUUGGCCCCCCCCCUCGGCCAGGUCAGCCCCAUCACGUCGGAUGAGGAGUACCUGAGUCCCCUGGAAGAAUUCCCUGACUCCGGGACGCCCCAGCACCGGCCGGCCAUGAAGCUGCAGCCCAGAGCAGAGCACGGGGCUGCCCGCAGCUCCCCGGAGAGCAGCUUCAAGGCUGCACCCACCUUUGAGGUGGCCCUGUCGGACCAGUCGGUGCUAGAGGGGCAGGAUGUCAGCAUGCGUGUCCGUGUCCGUGGGGAGCCCAAGCCCAUCAUUUACUGGCUGAGGAACCGUCAGCCAGUGAAGUACGGACGCCGGCACCAUGCGGAGGAGGCAGAGGGAGGCCGGGGGCUCUUUGCACUGCACAUCCUGGCGGCGGAGCGCACCGAUACCGGCUUCUACACCUGCAAGGCCGUCAACGAGUAUGGCACGAAGCAGUGCGAGGCCAAGCUGGAGGUCAGAGGGGGACUGGCGCUCUUUGAGUGCCUGGUGGCUGGCCCGCCAGACAUGGACGUGGACUGGCUGUCGCGGGGCCGGCUGCUCCAGCCCGCCCUGCUCAAAUGCAAGAUGCAUUUUGACGGGCGCAAGUGCAAGCUGCUGCUCACCUCCGUGCACGAGGACGACAGCGGCAUCUACACCUGCAAGCUCAGCACGGCCAAAGCUGAGCUGACCUGCAGCGCCCGCCUGACGGUGCGGCCCUCUGUCCAGCCGCUCUUCACGCGCAAGCUGGAGGAUGUGGACGUGGUGGAGGGACGGACGGCGCGCUUUGACUGCAUGAUCAGCGGGACGCCCCCACCGACUGUCAUCUGGACCCACUUUGGGCAGCCAGUGCAGGAAGGGGAGAAUGUGCGGAUUCAGCGGGACGGGGGGCUCUACUCGCUAGUCAUCGUGCACGUGGGCAGCGAGGAUGAGGGGCACUACACUGUCACCGCCAGGAACAUCCAUGGACACGUGGAGUGCUCUGCCGAGCUCUACGUGGAGGAACCUCGACCCUCCGCUGCUUCCCAGAUCUCCAAGCUGGAGAAGAUGCCAUCCAUCCCGGAGGAGCCGGAGCAGGCAGAAAAUGAGAUGGAGUGCUUCACCAUGCCUGACUUCCUCAAGCCACUGAACAACCUGGAUGUGGUGGAAUCCAAGGAGGCGGUGCUGGAGUGCCAGGUGGCCGGGAUGCCCUACCCCUCCAUCACCUGGUUCCACAACGGCUCACGCAUUGACAGCACCGACGACCGCAAGAUGAUGCAGUAUAAGGAUAUCCAUCGCUUGGUGUUCACGGCCGUCAGCCACGCACAUGCUGGUGUCUAUAAAAGCGUCAUUGCCAACAAAGUAGGGAAGGCCACGUGCUACGCACACCUCUAUGUCACAGAUGUGGUGCCAACCCCACCAGAUGGGCCUCCCACCAUAGCCUUGGUGACCGGCAGAACCAUCACACUGACGUGGAACAAGCCCAAAUGGCUGGACACUGCCAUAGACCCUGCCUCAGUGACCUACGUGGUGCAGAUGCAAGUGCUGGGCACGACACAGUGGAUGGUGCUGGUGACUGGUGUGCGGAAAACCACCUACACAGUGCACAGACUCACCAAGGGUGCCCAGUACCUCUUCCGUGUCAUCACUGCCACCCCCAAGACCAACAGCAAGCCCUCCCCACCAGUGGGGCCCGUGCAACUCCUGGAUCGGGGUCCCUACCUGGAGACGGCCCCAGUCAUCCUGGACAAACCAGACUUGGUCUAUGUGGUGGAGGGUCAGCCAGCCUCUGUCACCAUCACUAUCAACCACGUGGAGGCCACUGUCACCUGGAAGAGGGGUGGCGUGGUGCUGGCGGAGCAGGAGGGCACGUGCGAGGUGAUGAUGCCAGACGACGAUCAGCACUGCCUGCGGCUGCUGCAGGUGGGCCGCGGCGCUGUGGGGCCACUCACCUGCGAGGUGAGCAACCGCCACGGCACUGCCCACUGCACCCUCCACCUCCGCCUCGCAGAGGCACCGCGCUUUGAGUCCAUCAUGGAGGACAUCGAUGCCCAGCAAGGCGAGACGCCACGCUUUGCAGUGGUGGUGGAGGGCAAGCCGCUGCCGGACAUCAUGUGGUAUAAGGACGGGGAGCUGCUGGAGGAGAGCAGCCACCUGAGCUUUGUGUACGAGGACAACGAGUGCUCCCUGGUGGUGCUGGGUGCUGCUGAGCCCGACAGUGGGGUCUACACCUGCACGGCCAGGAACCUCGCUGGGGAGGUGUCCUGCAAGGCCGAGCUCGUGGUACGCACAGCCCAGCCCGCUGCUGAUGCUGCCAUGGAGGAGGAUGCUCUGCACAAGGCACGACGCCUGACUGACUACUACGAUGUGCAUGAGGAGAUCGGCAGGGGGGCCUUCUCAUACCUACGGAGGGUGACAGAGAAGAGCAGCCGGCUGGACUUUGCUGCCAAGUUUGUCCCCGGGAGGACCAAGGCCAAGCAGUCAGCACGCCGGGAGCUGCAUAUCCUCUCACAGCUUGACCACGAGCGCAUUGUUUUCUUCCACGAUGCCUUUGAGAAGAAAAAUGCUGUCAUCAUGGUCAUGGAGCUCUGUGCUGAGGACGAGCUGCUGGACAGGAUGGCGAGGAAGCCCUCAGUGUGCGAGUCCGAGGUCCGGUCCUACAUGCGGCAGGUCUUGGAGGGGAUCUGCUACCUGCAUCAGCAAAAAGUCCUGCACCUGGACAUCAAACCAGAAAACCUCCUGAUGGCGGAUUCGAGCAGUGAGCAAGUCCGGAUCUGCGACUUCGGCAACGCGCAGGAGCUGACACCCGACGAGCCGCAGUACUGCAAGUACGGCACCCCCGAGUUUGUGGGUCCCGAGAUCGUCAACCAGAGCCCCAUCUCCAGCGUCACCGACGUCUGGCCAGUGGGAGUCAUCGCCUACCUGUGCCUCACGGGCAUCUCCCCUUUUGUGGGCGAGAACGACAAGACCACGCUGAUGAACAUCCGCAAUUACAACGUGGCCUUUGAGGAGAGGAUGUUCCAGGGGCUCACACGGGAAGCCAAGGGCUUUGUCAUCAAAGUGCUGGUCAACGACAGGCUGAGACCCACUGCAGAGCAGACCCUGGAGCACCCCUGGUUCAAGACACUGGCCAAGGGGAAAGUUAUCAGCACCGACCACCUAAAGCUCUUCCUCUCCCGUCGGAAAUGGCAGCGCUCGCAGAUCAGCUACAAGUGCAACAUGGUGCUGCGGCCCAUCCCUGAGCUGCUGGAGGACACAUCCAACCACCUGUCCAUCGCAGUGCCCCGGCACCUCAAGGAGUCCCCAGCUCUGUCAUCCUCCUCGGACUCGGAUGACUUGGAUGAGCUGCCCUUCAUCCCCAUGCCACACCAGGUGGAGUUCUCCGGCUCCCGCAUGUCGCUCAAUGAGAUCCCCACGGAUGACGAGACCAUGGGGCCAGCCGAGGGACUGAGGGAGGAGGUGGCCGUGCAGGGGGAUGUGUCUGCCAUGGAGUGGCAGAGUGAAGGAGCAGGCAGACCAGCGGUGGCCCUGGGGAAGAGGCCAAGGGCUGCUUUGCCACGGCGGCCCUGUGCAGAGGCAGAGGCCCCCGGAUCUUCUGAUGAGGAAGCCCCUGAGGCCCAGAAGCGUCCGGAGCAUCCCCGCAAAGCUGUGAGAAAAGGCUCCAGCCUGGAGUCCCCAGAAAGCACCCGCAGGGCAGCCCAGCGUGGCGAGCUGAAGCGAGGCAGUUCCGCCGAUGGUGCCCUGCUCAGCCGGGCCCCGGGGACCGAGGAUGGGGCUGAGCCGGGCCGGGAGCCCCGCCGGGUGCUGGCCAAGGCGGCCUCCAUGGAGCUGCCUCGCCGCAAGGGGGGCCUGGGGGAGGACGACCCCGCGCAGCGGCUGGAGCCCAGCAGCUCCUCGAGCUCCCUGCUCAUCGAGGACAUCGACUCGGAGGAGGUCUUUGAGGCCAAGUUCAAGCGGAGCCGGGAGUCGUCCUUCAGCCGCGGGCUGAAGCUCCUCACCCGCUCGCGCUCGGAAGACCGGCACUUGGCCAGCCCCUCGUCCCGCGAUGAGGGCAUCUACCGGCCCACGCCGGCUGGUGUGCCCCUGGAGCUGCGCAAGGGCCGGCCCACCGGCUUGGUGGAGAAGUCCAAGUCAGUGCAGGACCUGCACGAGGUGGAGAAGGAUGUUGGCUUCAUUCGGAGGAUGAGUCUGCGCCUCAAGCGGACACCACCUGCAGAGAGGAAGAAGACCAAGGGAGAAGAAGGAGGAGGAGAAACCCCAACGCGUGGGCGCCGUUUCUCCUGGAGCCUGGGAUUGGGCAGCUCCAAGGAGCGGAGGGACUCCGAAAGCCUCAAGUCAGAGCCGGGUGCUGGUGGGAGCGAGUCGCCGGUGGUAGCCGUGCGGAGGAAGAUCAGCGCCACCAUGGACCGGGUCUCCUCGCGGCUGCGCAGUCUCUCAGAUGAGCGAACAGAGGAUGAAGGGGCCAAGGAGCAACCGGAGAAGCACCUCUCCCUGCUCCGACGGGCCAAUUCGGAGGGGGAGAGCCUGCGGCAGGUGGGCGUCACGGCGCAGAACCAGGUGGGCCCCCAUCCGGCAUUCGCACCCUCCUCCGAGUCCCUGCAGUCAGAAGGCAGCAUCCUUUCCUCCACGUCUGCCAAAGGUGCUGGUGAGAGCCAGAAACGGUCCCGCUGGGAGCGCUGGGGCCUGUCCCGGCCCAGGAAGGAGAAGGGAGCCUCGCAGCCCAACAUCCCCUCCAGCCUGCUGCAGGAGGAUGGCUCCAUCGCAGGCCGGCAGCACGUGCACAGCGAGUCUGAUUUCCCCCCUGUUUUCCACAUCAAGUUGAAGGACCAGGUGCUGCUGGAGGGCGAUGCGCUGACCCUUUGCUGCCUGCCUGCUGGCAGCCCGACCCCCAGAAUUAUCUGGAUGAAAGACAAGCGGUCACUGCAGUCGGACAACGUGCUGAACAUCGUCUCCUGCAAGGACGGCCGCCAGAUGCUCACCAUCUCCAAGGUCUCCAGGAAGGACGCGGGGCUGUAUGAGUGUGCAGCCGCCAACACUCUGGGCACAGCCAUCAGCUCCUGCACGCUGGCUGUGGCACGACUCCCCGGGAGGCCGGGCACCCCAGAGAUCCCCCAAAAGUAUAAGAACACGGUGCUGGUGCUCUGGAAGCCUGCGGAGAGCAAGGCCCCCUGCACCUACACACUGGAGCGCAAGCUGGACGGAGAGCAUGAGUGGAAGAUCGUCAGCACCGGCAUCGUCGACUGCUACUUUAACGUGACGGAUCUACCGCCCAGGAGCACGGCCAGGUUUCGGGUGGCCUGUGUGAACAAGGCCGGGCAGGGCCCCUACAGCACCCCCUCGGGCAAGGUGCACCUCGACGCGGCAGCCUCCCGAGCUGCCCCUGCCAAGGAGGACGUCGCUAUCCCUGUCCCUGAGAAGGAGCGCCGCUCUCCGUCCCCCUCCAAAUUUGUCCCCAUUUCUCCAGCAUCGACCACUCCCAGCUCAGCCCCCACGGUGGCUCCCACUCCCAACACUGCUUCCAGUCGGAAAAUGCCUCCCUACAUGGUGACCUCCUUUGUCUCGACGCCCCCCGCAUCACCCACUACGCAAGAGCCCCCCACAAUCACCCCGUCCUCCAAGGAGCCUCCUGCUCCGAGCGGAGCUCGGGAGGCCAAGGACAGCACGGCGCUGCGGCAGGGCGUCCCUCAGAAGCCGUACACCUUCCUGGAUGAGAAGGCGAGGGGCCGAUUCGGUGUGAUCCGGCUGUGCAAGGAGAAUGCCACAGGGAAGUACUUCAUGGCCAAGAUCGUGCCGUACGAGGUGGAGAGGAAACAGAGUGUGCUGCAGGAGUAUGAGAUCCUCAAGGUGCUACACCAUGAGCGCAUCAUGUCCUUGCACGAGGCGUACAUCACUCCCCGCUACCUGGUGCUCAUCUGCGAAAACUGCACAGGCAAGGAGAUCCUCUACAGCAUCGUGGACAGGUUUCGCUACUCGGAGGACGACGUGGUGACCUACGUGCUGCAGCUCCUGCAGGGCCUCGAGUACCUGCACGGCCGCCGCAUCGUGCACCUCGACAUCAAGCCGGACAACGUCAUCAUCUCGGGCAUGAACAGCCUAAAGAUCAUCGACUUUGGCAGCGCCCAGACUUACAACCCCCUCAUGCUGCGGCAGCUGGGGCGGCGCGUGGGCACCCUCGAGUACAUGUCACCAGAAGUGGUGAAAGGCGACCCAGUGGGCUCUGCAGCAGAUGUCUGGGGUGUUGGAGUCCUCACUUACAUCAUGCUCAGCGGGCGGUCGCCAUUCUUUGAACUGGACCCAAUUGAGACGGAGAACCGCAUCCUGGCAGGGCGCUUUGACGCCUUCAAGCUUUACCCCAACGUCUCGCAGAAUGCUGCCCUCUUUAUCCGCAAGGUCCUCUCUGUCCACCCCUGGGGCCGCCCCACGGUGAAGGACUGCUUCGCCAACGCGUGGCUCCAGGACGCCUACCUGAUGAAGCUGCGCCGCCAGACCCUCACCUUCACCACCAACCGCCUCAAGGAGUUCCUGGUGGAGCACCAGCGGCGCCGCGGCGAGGCCGUCACCAAGCACAAGGUCUUACUCCGCUCCUACCAGGGCAGCCAGCCGCCGGGGCCCGUGCUCAACGCAGACGUGUGCUCCGAGUUCCCCUUGCAGGAGAUGCUCGAUUUCCGGCAGCGGCACGGCGAUGCGCACAGCUUCGUCAUGCUGGGCACCACGGUGAGCAGGGCUCAGGCGCUGAAUUGCGGCGGCAUUGUGGCUAAUGCGGACACACACGAGGUCCUGCACUACGUCGAGAAGCCCAGCACGUUUGUCAGCGAGAUCAUCAACUGCGGUAUCUACCUCUUCACACCCGCCAUCUUUCAGCACAUCGGCGACGUCUUCCGGAGGAACCAGCAGGAGCUCGUGCUCUGUCCUUACCUCGGCGAGGAGAACUCCAAUGGCUGGCAGCGUGCAGAAGUGAUCCGGCUGGAGCAGGAUAUUUUCACAGCGCUGGCUGGGAGCGGCAAACUCUACGUCUACAAAACUGAUGGCUUUUGGAGCCAGAUCAAAUCAGCUGGCUCUGCCAUCUAUGCCAGCCGCCUUUACCUGAACCAGUACAGCCAGUGCCACCCUGAGAGGCUGGCCCAGAACAAACCUGGAGGCCCUAUCAUUCGAGGGAAUGUGUACAUCCACCCGACGGCCUCUGUUGACAGCACUGCAGUGCUGGGCCCCAAUGUCUCUAUUGGGAAGGGGGUGACGGUGGGAGCUGGUGUGCGUGUGCGUGAGUCCAUCGUCCUCCACGGGGCCUCACUGCACGAUCACACCUGCGUUCUCAAUACCAUUGUGGGCUGGGACAGCACCAUUGGGCGCUGGGCUCGGGUUGAGGGAACACCCAGUGACCCCAACCCCAACGAUCCCUAUGCUAAGAUCGACAGUGAGACUCUUUUUCGGGAUGGACGGCUAACACCUUCCAUCACAAUCCUGGGCUGCAGCGUUACCAUCCCUGCUGAGGUCGUCAUCCUCAAUUCCAUUGUCCUGCCCCACAAGGAGCUGAGCCGCAGCUAUAAGAACCAGAUUAUCCUGUGAGUUGUCCACUUGCCCAGUUGGGACUGACAGUGCCAGCCCCAGCUUCCCUGAGGUGCCCUACAGAAG